AUGUCGUACGAUCGAGCGCUCACCGUCUUCUCCCCUGACGGACAUCUCUUCCAAGUCGAAUACGCCCUCGAAGCGGUGCGCAAGGGAACCUGCGCCGUCGGCGUGCGUGGCAAGGAUGUCGUCGUCCUCGGUGUAGAGAAGAAGUCGGUCCUCCAACUCCAAGACGCACGAACCAUUCGCAAGACUGCUAUGCUCGACGACCACAUCUGCCUCGCCUUCGCUGGUCUCACCGCUGACGCACGCAUUCUCAUCGACAAGGCACGCACCGAAUGCCAAUCGCACCGUCUCACCGUCGAAGACCCCGUCACCGUCGACUACAUCACCCGCCACGUCGCGGGGAUCCAGCAGAAGUACACGCAGUCCGGAGGUGUCCGUCCCUUCGGCAUCUCGACGCUCAUCAUCGGCUUCGACGCCAACGACGCCAAGCCCAAGCUCUACCAAACCGAACCAAGCGGAAUGUACUCGGCGUGGAAGGCAAAUGCCAUCGGUCGAAGCUCCAAGACCGUGCGAGAAUUCUUGGAAAAGAACCACAAGGACGAUCUGUCCAAGGAUGAGACCAUCAAGCUCGCCAUCAAGAGCUUGCUCGAGGUCGUACAGACCGGCGCAAAGAAUAUCGAGAUCGCGCUCAUGGAGGGGCACGGCAAAGUGAGGAACGUCGAACUCGCAGAGAUCGAGAAGUUUGUCGAGGAGAUCAAUGCAGAGAAGGAGGCCGAAGCUGAGAGGAGGAGAAACCGUCUCGCGGCGACUGCAGGUGCACAGGCAUCCAUGUCGUAG